CAACACAAGCUUAGCACACUUCGGCAGAAGAUGAGUAGAUCAGGGAGCAGCGGGGGCGGCCGGAGCUCUCUGGGCUACCUCUUUGAGCCGGAUGAGAUCUUCCCGAUCCACAGGUUCAAAUCCAAUCAAGAGACCGAGAAGCCCUCGGAAGAGGGCAUCGUCAUGCAGCCGCAGGACGACAAGGUCAUGACCGGUGAUGAAGCAGACCACCAAGAACUGCCGUACCAGGCUCCUCCCAAGAGAGAGGAGGACUGGAACCCGAUUGUUUCUCGCAGACCUGCUUCCAUCAUCUACCACACUAACCAAUCGGGCAACAACACCGGGCUUCUGAUCACUGACCGACCGUCGACGAGGGUCCGGUGUGCACCGGGAGGGGCGUCGUCGCUUGGAUUUCUCUUCUCUUCGGAGACGAACGUAACUGACGACAAAUGAUGGCACACACCCAGUCCACAAGAGUUCAUGACUCGGUCGAUCUAUUUAUGUUUUUCACCUGCGGUAUGCGAAAGAAAAGUAUUCUAAUUUAUGUAGCACGAGCUUGUCUUUGCAUGACCUAUAUAUCUACGUACCUGUACCGUGUUGCUUGGUCGGUGUGAACCAUGGACGCUUAAUAUCUUUGUUGUAAUUGCUGCUAUGCAGAGCUUAAGUUAUAUGGGGUUUAAGUUAUGAUUGGGUGUUCAAUUCAAAUGGUUUUCUUACUCUUAUGAGUUACUGUGUAAUUCCAAGAGUGAAUAUAGACUGUUGUAAUUUAUUUUGUUUAUCCACGGGAUGUAUUAUGAGGUAAUGGAGUCAUGAGGCAUUCCAUUAUCCAUGUUAAACAGAUUCA